AAGAAACACGUUUCGAAUCCCAAAAAGAUUAACAGACAGGUCAGCUCUGACCGCGAUCACAAUACGAACUCAUCAAUCUCCGCCCACCGCCGGCGAAUUUAUCCUACGCCGCUUUUCGCAAGUCUGCAGGUGGAAAACUCAAAAGGUUUGGGAUUAACCGAUGGCGCUUGACAUGGAGUCGUUAGUGGAGGCGACGUCGGGUGCGGUAGGUGCACUGGUCAGCACCACCGUCUUGUAUCCUCUCGACACCUGUAAAACUAGGUAUCAAGCUGAGAAUCGAGCUCAUCAUCACCAAAGAUAUAGGAAUAUUUCAGAUGUUCUGUUGGAAGCAAUAUCCAAAGGUCAAGUCCUGUCGUUGUAUCAGGGCCUGGGCACGAAGAAUCUGCAGUCCUUCAUUUCACAGUUUAUCUACUUCUAUGGGUAUAGCUUUUUCAAGAGGCUGUACUUAAGAGAAAGCAAGUCUAAAUCCAUAGGAACUGCUGCUAACUUAUUAAUUGCUGCUGCUGCUGGUGCAUGCACAGCCAUAGCAACACAGCCUCUUGAUACAGCAUCUUCAAGAAUGCAAACAAGUGAUUUUGGAAAAUCAAAAGGCUUGUGGCAAUCUCUCUCAGAAGGCUCUUUCAGUGAUGCAUUUGAUGGUCUAGGAAUUUCCCUUCUACUUACUGCAAAUCCAUCUAUACAGUAUACAGUAUUUGAUCAGUUAAAAAAUAGGCUUCUAAAGAGUAAUAUGAAGAAACAAACUGAUGAGGUGUCAUCUCCAGAAGCUAUCUCUGCCUUUUCUGCUUUUGUUUACGGUGCAGUCUCGAAGUGUAUUGCUACCUGUUUAACUUAUCCCGCUAUAAGGUGUAAAGUGGUGAUUCAGUCAGCAAAAUCAGAUGAGAGUGAAGAUGGUAGGCCCCAAGCACGACCCCGUAAAUCCAUAUCUGGAACACUCUGUUCUAUCUGGGAAAGAGAAGGGAUACUUGGCUUCUUCAAAGGGCUGCAGGCACAAAUGCUGAAAACAGUCCUGACCUCAGCACUGCUUUUGAUGAUAAAGGAGAAAGUUACGAAGACCACAUGGGUCCUAAUGAUCGCACUAAGGAGGUUUAUGUUGACGAGACCCAACUUAAAGAGUUCUUGAAGAAAUCUCGUUGAAUCAGUGGGAUGUUCAUCUCGUAUUAUCCUUAUGCAGCACAAAAGGUUUAGUGCUUGGAGUUACUGCUCUUCAUAUGAAGGAUAGGGUCUUCAUUGUCCUAGUCUGAGUAAGCGGCUCCGACCAAUGCAAGCCCCCACCUGAUGUUUGUUGUCACUAUGCUUGGGUUUAUCUUCGUGUUCAGUCACAGAGAUUUUGUUCCGGAUCUGUUGUUUGUUGUUUGAAAGAGUAUAAAGUAUUGAUGCAUAUUGUUGGCAAAAUAAAGCAAUGUAUUAUUAGGAUGAGUUUUGUAUGAUAGUAGAAGUUUUCAUUGUCAUUAAUCAAAUGUUGGAGUUUUUUUAUUUAGC